AUAAAAUUUUAUACAUAAAAGCGAUCAUUUUAUUUUUUUUUAAUAAUAAUGUCACAAAAAAAAAGAUUUUACACUUCGCAUAAUGUUAUUAAAUCAAAAGAUCUAAUAUUGGAUAGUGAUGAAGAUGAUAGCGACAAUAGUGAUUUAGACAUCCUUGACUUGACUAUAUUAAAAUUAGAAAGGUUGAUGGACCAAGGCCAAUAUAAAGAAGCAAGAAUAUUAUUUAACGAAAUGAUUAAAUCAACUCUUUUCUCUACAAAGGAUCUUUGGAAGAUCGGUAUUGAGAUUGUAACAAAUACUACACCUGAAGAUGUUGUAGAUUACAUUCGUGCAUUGCAUGCCAGUUGUCAAGAAGAUUUGAAAUUUGAUACAUUUAAUGCAUUUAUCGAUCAGUUGAUGCUUGAAAAAAAAUGGGAAAUGGCUUUAAAUGAAAUAGAUUUGUAAGAUUUAAUAAAGACACAUAAGCAAAUGACUUGAUGUUAACGCUCUCUCUCUCUCUCUCUCUCCUCUUUUUUUUAAAAAAAAUAGCGUAUAUAAUCGAUCUUUAUAUCACCAUCCUACACUUUUACGGAAAACGGCAUUCUGUGCAUAUUAUCAAUGGCAAACAUUAAGACAAGAAUUACCGCAACCAUACCCUGAGGAAGAAAUAGAGCUUGAUGAUGUUGAUCCAUCAAUAAUUU